AUGAAGGCACUACCAGCAGACAGGCAGGACAUGAAGAUGAGCCUUAUCUUGUCCUUUUUCUAUUUCGCCCCUUUAUGCUCUGCAUUUUCCACUUUUCCUUCAUCUUGUAAAUUGCGGAGAAAGUUUCACCUUAAUGAAAUGCACAAACCUGGCGAUGUGGUUAUAGGUGGGCUGUUUGAGGUCCAUUACAGUUCUGUCUUCCCUGAGCAGACAUUUACCAUGGAGCCACAACAGCCAAGCUGCAAAGGCUUUGAUACUCUGGGGUUCAGGCAAGCCAUGAGCAUGGCCUUUGCUAUUAAUGAGAUCAACAACAAGUCCGAUCUGCUACCUAAUGUGACUCUGGGAUACAGUCUAUAUGACAAUUGUGGUGCACUUGUUAUUGGAUUCAGUGGUGCAUUAUCACUGGCAAGUGGUCGAGAGGAGCAGUUUAUGCUUCAGCAGAACUGCAUUGGGAGCCCUCCAGUCUUGGGGAUUGUGGGUGAUUCAUUCUCUACAUCUUCUAUUGCGAUCGCCAGUGUGCUAGGUUUAUACAAAAUGCCCAUAGUGAGUUAUUUUGCCACAUGUUCCUGUUUGAGUGAUCGGCAGCGGUUUCCAUCCUUCUUUAGAACAAUUCCAAGUGAUGCCUUUCAGGUGCGUGCGAUGAUUCAGAUUCUGAAGCACUUUGGUUGGACUUGGGUCGGUCUGCUGGUCAGUAAUGAUGACUAUGGACUCAACGUUGCCCAAUCCUUCCAAUCCGACCUGGUUCAGACUGGUGGCGGAUGUCUGGCCUACGUAGAGGUUUUGACUUGGGACAGUGACCCAAGUGAACUCAAGAGGAUUGUAGAUGUGAUGAGGAAAUCUACAGCUCGUGUAGUCAUGGUGUUUGCACAUGAGAGUCUCUUGAUUAAUCUAAUGGAAGAGGUGGUGAGGCAAAAUUUGACAGGCCAGCAGUGGAUAGCAAGUGAAGCUUGGACAACAGCUACAGUGUACCAGACACCUCGUCUCAUGCCGUACCUGAGUGGCACACUGGGCAUUGCCAUCCGCCGAGGAGAAAUACCAGGAUUUCGGGAAUUCAUCUUACAAAUGCGCCCUGACCAAAAUGAAAACAUUUAUGGAAAUGACAUGGUUACGCAGUUUUGGGAAUCUACAUUUCAGUGUAGAUUUAAUCCAGUUGAUUUGGCAGAAGCUGGGGGAGCACUCUGCACUGGACAUGAAUAUAUGGAAAGGAUGGAGACUGAGUUUUUGGAUCUUUCUAACCUCAGGCCUGAGUACAAUGUUUACAAGGCUGUGUAUGCUCUGGCCUAUGCUCUUGAUGAUAUGCUGCAGUGUGAGCCAGGGAGAGGCCCUUUCAGUGAGCACAGCUGUGCCAAUUUGCAAAUGUUGGAGCCAUGGCAGCUUGUACAUUAUUUGCAAAAAGUCAGCUUCACCACACCAUUUGGUGAUCAAGUGUCAUUUGAUGAGAAGGGUGAUGCCUUACCUAUCUAUGAUGUCAUGAACUGGCUGUGGCUCCCUGAUGGAAGAACUAAAGUUCAGAAUGUGGGUGAGGUCAAGAGGUCGGUCUUCACAGGUGAAGAACUCACAAUUGAUGAAGAUAAAAUCUUCUGGAACUUUGAAUCAAAUAAGCCACCCAGAUCAGUGUGCAGUGACAGCUGUCCUCCAGGUACCCGCAUGGCCAGAAAGAAAGGGGAACCUGUGUGCUGUUUUGACUGCAUCCCUUGUUCUGAGGGAAAGAUCAGCAAUAAGACUGACUCCAUGGAGUGCACCAGUUGUCCUGAGGACUUCUGGUCCAGCCCCCAGCGUGACCACUGUGUGCCAAAGAAAACAGAGUUUCUCUCCUACCAUGAGCCUUUAGGUAUUUGUUUGACAACCACCUCCUUGCUUGGCACAUUUGUCUGUACAGUUGUCCUAGCCAUCUUCACCUAUCACCGUAGUACACCAAUAGUGAGUUAUUUUGCCACAUGUUCCUGUUUGAGUGAUCGGCAACGGUUUCCGUCCUUUUUUCGAACAAUCCCAAGUGAUGCAUUUCAGGUGGUGAGGCAGAAUGUGACAGACCAGCAGUGGAUAGCCAGUGAAGCUUUGACAACAGCUACUGUGCUUCAGACACCCCGUCUAAUGCCAUACCUGGGUGGCACACUGGGCAUCGCCAUCCGUCGAGGAGAAAUACCAGGGCUCAGGAAAUUCCUCUUACAAAUACGUCCCGACAUAAAUGACAAUGGCAAUAAUGUAAAUAGCAUGGUGAGACAGUUUUGGGAAUACACAUUUCGAUGUAAAUUUGACCCAGAAGGUUGGAUGGGAGCUAGUGGAGCACUCUGCACUGGACGAGAAGAUAUUGAGAGAGUGGAGACUGAGUUUUUGGAUCUUUCCAACCUCAGGCCAGAGUAUAACGUGUACAAGGCUGUGUAUGCUCUGGCUUAUGCCCUUGAUGAUAUGCUACAGUGUGAGCCAGGGAAAGGGCCUUUCAGUGGGCACAGCUGUGCAACUUUGCAAACUCUGGAGCCAUGGCAGCUUGUCCAUUAUUUGCAAAAGGUCAACUACACGACAGGAUUUGGAGAUGAAGUAUCAUUCGAUAAGAAUGGUGAUGCAUUACCGAUCUAUGAUGUCAUGAACUGGCUGUGGCUCCCCGAUGGAACAGCUAAAGUUCAGAAUGUGGGUGAGGUCAAGAGGUCAGCCUUCAAAGGUGAAGAGCUCACAAUUUAUGAAGAAAAAAUCUUCUGGAACUUUGAAUCGAACAAGCCACCUCGAUCAGUGUGCAGUGAAAGCUGUCCUCCAGGUACCCGCAUGGCCAGAAAGAAAGGGGAACCUGUGUGCUGCUUCGACUGCAUCCCUUGUUCUGAGGGAAAGUUCAGCAAUAAAACUGACUCCACAGAGUGCACCAGCUGUCCUGAGGACUUGUGGUCCAGCCCCCAGCGUGACCACUGUGUUCCAAAGAAAACUGAGUUUCUCUCCUACCAUGAGCCUCUGGGUAUCUGCUUGACAGUAACCUCAUUACUUGGCACAUUUAUCUGUGCUGUUGUCCUUGGCAUAUUCACCUAUCACCGCAGUACACCUAUAGUACGUGCCAACAAUUCAGAAUUGAGUUUCCUGCUCUUGGUGUCACUUAAGCUUUGUUUCCUGUGUUCACUGCUGUUUAUUGGCUACCCGAGACUGUGGACAUGCCAACUGAGACAUGCAGCAUUUGGGAUCAGCUUUGUGCUUUGUGUCUCAUGCAUUUUAGUUAAAACCAUGGUGGUUCUGGCUGUGUUCAAGGCCUCCAAGCCAGGAGGUGGAGCCAACCUCAAGUGGUUUGGUGCAGUGCAGCAAAGAGGAACAGUUUUAGCUCUCACUUGCAUUCAGGCAGCAAUCUGCAUUGCUUGGAUUGUAUCUGCUUCACCAGAGCCUCAUAAAAACACUCAGUAUCACAAUGACAAGAUAGUUUAUGAGUGUGUAGUUGGGUCCACAGUUGGUUUUGCAGUGCUAAUGGGUUACAUUGGCUUAUUAGCUAUCCUUAGCUUCCUGUUAGCGUUUCUGGCAAGGAACCUUCCAGACAACUUUAAUGAGGCCAAACUCAUCACUUUCAGCAUGCUGAUCUUCUGUGCUGUGUGGGUGGCCUUUAUCCCUGCUUAUGUCAACUCACCAGGCAAAUAUGCAGAUGCAGUGGAGGUAUUUGCAAUCUUGGCCUCCAGUUUUGGUCUCUUGGUGGCACUGUUUGGACCCAAAUGUUACAUUAUUCUGAUGCGGCCAGAGAAGAACACAAAGAAAGCGAUCAUGGCUCGAGGAACCACAAAAUUAUAA